AUGGCCCAAAAUGUUGAGAUCUCAGGACGGGUUGCCGACGACAAGGGCAAUCCUGUUUCCGGGGCAUCCAUCCAGGAAAAAAACUCCAAAAGGGGUACUACCAGUGAUGCCAAUGGUCUUUUUAAAUUAUCUGUAAAGCCAGGAACAGCACUGGUAAUUUCAAGCAUCGGAUUCGACAAAAAGCAGGUGGUAGCAGACAAGUCUGGUACACUUGCUGUUGUGCUUACUGCCACCAACCUGGCAUUAAGCGAAGUAGUAGUAACCGCCCUGGGUAUUAAAAGAGAAAAGAAAGCCCUGGGUUACUCAGUAACUACUGUAGCCAGCAAAGACAUUGAGCUGCGGCCCGAAGGUGAUAUUGGCCGUGUAUUAAACGGUAAAGUAGCCGGAUUGAAUGUACUGAACUCCAGUGGCAUCUCUGGUAGCGGUACAAACAUCAAUAUCCGCGGUAUCAGCACUAUUACCGGCGGCGCUUCCACCCCACUGUUCAUCGUAGAUGGUGUUCCUUUCGACGGUGGCAACAAUGGCGGAGAUAAUUUCCAGUACGGCGGCGGAACUUCUUCCUCCAGCCGCUUCCUUGAUUUGGAUCCUAAUAAUAUUGAAAGUGUAAACGUAUUAAAAGGCUUAAGCGCCACUACACUUUACGGUGAGGCGGCCAGAAAUGGUGUUAUACUGGUUACUACGAAAAAUGGUUCUACCAGGAAAUUGCCGAAGAAAAUGGAAAUCACUGCUUCGCAGUCAGUUUUCACCAAUACCAUUGCUAACCUGCCCGAUUACCAGGAUAGCUAUGGUGGUGGAUUUGACCUUGUGCCUUCAGCAGCCUUCAGCAACUGGGGUGCUAAAUUCACCAACCCUCCGUUACAGGUAGCUUACUCCCCUUCUCUGCAGGCUGCUUACCCAGCGCUUUAUGGUGCGGGCAAAACACAGGACUACAGGGCUUACGAUAAUGUAAAGCCAUUUUUCCGCACGGGCGUUGUUAAAACAUCCUCGAUCAACGUAGCAGCAUCUUCGGCCACCAGUAAUUUUAAUGCCAACUAUUCUUACAUGGACGAUCAGGGUUUCACCCCGAACAACCGCGUAUUCAAAAAUAAUUUUGGCAUUGGCGGUACUUCAAAGCUGUCUAACAAUUUUACACUUUCUGCUGUGUUAAACUUUGCCAUCACAGAUUUUCAGACCCCUAUUGUAGGUGGUGAUUUGCGCCAGGACAAUUACAAGCAAACCGGUUUAAAAAGCACACAGCAGAUUGUAUAUGGUCUUUUUGAUCACAGCAAUUUUAUUACGCAUGAUAUUUACAGCGAAGGCGGUGCUGACCUGGAUUACAAAGUGCAGAAAACCCGUGCUGGUAUCUAUGCGUCUGCCAAUAUUGGCUAUAAGGAGUUUGCUUUUGUAACCCUGAACGGACGUAACGAUUAUGUUUCUACGCUUGAGAAAGAUAACCGCCAGUUGUUCUAUCCCGGAGUAAGUGCUUCGUUUAUUCCAACAGCGGCUUUCGCUGCUUUAAAGAACAGCAAUACCAUCAAUUACCUGAAACUGCGUUUAGGUUAUUCUACCAGUGCACAUUUUCCUGACCCCUACAAUACCCGCCCUUCUUUAAGUUUGGCAACAAACGCGUUUGUUGAUAAGAAUGGUAAUAUUGUAAAUAUUGCAGCUGUUCCCAACCGCGUACCCAACCCCGGAUUAAAACCAGAGUUGCUGAAAGAAACAGAAGCAGGUAUAGAGGGUAGCUUCUUUAACAGGAGGUUGACUGCUGAUAUCACCGGUUAUUUCCGUACUGCCAGCAACCAGAUUCUUGACAGGCAGCUGGACGCUUCUACCGGCUACAAUAUCACCGCUAUUAAUGCAGGUGCAGUAGACAAUAAGGGUAUUGAAAUUGCCCUGGGUUAUACCGUAGUGAGCAGCAAAGACUGGAAAUGGCAGCUGGAUGGUGUGUAUACCAUCAACAAAAGCAAGGUGCAUGACAUGCCGGAUGAUAUCAAAUCAAUUCAAACAGGAGGUUACAGCAACCUUGGAACUUUUGCCAUUAAUGGCCAACCCCUGGGUGUAUUGCAGGGAAGUUAUGUACAAACAGACCCUAAAACAGGUCAGAAAAUUGUUGAUGCCAACGGCUAUUUCCUGGGCUCUUCAGAUAUCGGCAUUAUUGCCGACCCCAACCCCAAUUACAGGGUAACCGGUAUCAGCACCCUGAGUUAUAAAUCAUUCUCUUUCCGCAUGCAGUGGGAUUACAGCCAGGGCGGUCAGAUGUUUUCCAAUACUGUAAGAACCAUGCUAUCGCGUGGUACUACAAAAGAUACAGAUUUCGACAGAACCCUGCCUUUCAUUAUUCCCAAUACUGUGAAACAGGACGGAACACCCAAUGAUAUACAGCAGAGUGUUGACAAUAUCUAUUUCAACGCCUAUGGCUUUGGCCCUGCUUCUGUCACUGUUUGGGAUGCUACUGUUAUCAGGCUGCGCGAAUUGUCCGUUUCUUAUUCAAUACCGCAGAAACUGCUGAAGAAACUGCCUUUUGGCUCUGCUUCUUUAAGCGUUUCAGGUAAUAAUCUCUGGUACUCCGCUCCUAAUUUUCCAAAGUACACAAGGUUUGACCCGGAAAGCAACAGCCUUGGUGUAGGCAAUGCACGUGGACUGGAUUUAUUUGCCGGCCCUUCUUCACGCCGUAUUGGAGCCAGCCUGAGAUUAACGUUCUAA